AUGAAUGUGACCCAUCAGGCAAGGGGGACAGCGCAUCACGAGCUGGGCCCGAAUGAGCCAGGGGAACUUCUCGCUCGUGGUUCGCAAGUGGUUAUGGAGUAUUUGAAUAAUAAAAAGGCGACGCGGGAGACCUUGGAUAAGGAUGGCUGGCUGCAUACAGGUGACAUUGGCUAUGUCGACAAUGAGGGUUAUUUUGUCAUCACCUACCCACUCAAAGAGUUGAUAAAAGUGAAGGAACUUCCAGUAUCGCCUGCUGAGCUGGACGGCGCCCUACGCGGCCAUCCGGCACUCGACGAUGCAGCUGUCAAGGGCCUUCUCGAUGGCUAUUCUGGAGAGAGACCCAAGGCAUAUAUUGCAAACGCCAUAUCUUGGCCAACAGCUCUUGAACUAUAUUCGAGACAAUAA